UUUGUUUUGUUUUACAGGAGCUCAAACUUUUUUUUCAUUUUCUUCGUUUCUCUGACGCACUAAAAAAAGGAGUGAAAAGUUAUUCAGUGGACCAGCGACAGAGACUCGGUUUUUUUCUUUUGGUUGAUGGCUGCGAGACUGGAUUCGCAGUUGAUUCGGUUCUUGGUGUCUUGAUAAUAAUAAUUGGGGCACGUGAUUCAGCAAAAAACAAAUAAAAAAUGCGGCUGAACCCGGUGUAUUUUGCCAAAAGUAUCGGGCGAAUGCUCGAGUACUACUCUCAGUUCAAUCCGUCGCCCUUGUCCAUCAAGCAGUUCAUUGACUUUGGCCUUAAUGCGACGGAGAGGACGUCCUUCAACUUCCUCCGGCUGGAAUUGCCCGUGAGGCUGGCCAACAUCAUGGCUGAAAUCCAGCUGCUUCCCGAGCACCUGUUGGCGAUGCCGUCAUUUCUGGACACACUGGUCAAGAUUCGUAACCGACAUUCGAGCGUGGUGGAAACGAUGGCGCAAGGAGUGAUUGAGUUGAAGGAGAGCAAGAAUGUGGACGCUGUGACGGAGAAUGCGAUUCAGUAUUUCUUGGAUCGGUUUUACAUGUCGCGAAUCUCGAUUCGCAUGCUCAUCAAUCAGCACACUUUGUUAUUUGGAGGAGACCUCAACAGUCUUCACAGCAACAUUGGCUGCAUCGACACGCAGUGCAGCAUUGUGAAUAUCAUACAUGACGCAUUUGAGAAUGCGAGGUUCCUGUGUGAGCAAUAUUACCUGACUUCGCCUGAACUUGUUGUCAGAGGCGUGGAUGGGAAAGAACCCAAAGACCUGCAAUUGGUAUAUGUUCCGUCGCACUUGUACCACAUUUUCUUCGAACUGUUCAAGAACGCCUUGCGAGCAGUUGUGGAACAUCAUGGCUCAGGUGCAUCCGAGUAUCCUCCGAUUGACGUGCGAAUUUCGCUCGGGAAGGAAGACUUGUGCAUCAAGAUGUCGGACCUGGGCGGAGGGAUCCCACGCAGCGCCCUGGAUCUCCUGUUUGCCUACACGUAUUCCACUGCGCCGCAACCAUCACCCAGUGGUUCCGGAUCAGCUCCACUUGCAGGAUAUGGGUAUGGAUUGCCUUUAUCAAGGCUCUAUGCUAGAUAUUUCCGCGGAGAUCUGCUGGUGACAUCUAUGGAUGGUUAUGGAACUGAUGCACUUGUCUACCUUAAGGCAUUGUCAAGCGAAGCAAAUGAACUGCUACCAAUAUUCAACAAAGCAACUUCAAAGAAUUACGAGACAUCCGUGCAAACGUCUGACUGGAGUGUUCCUGGCCAAUUCUUUUCUCAUGUCAGGCAUUUUUCAACCGCGAUGCCGAAUGCUGUCCCCAGGAGACUGAUUGUGUGA